AUGGUAUCGAGCAAUACUGCGUUGAUCCGCAAGGCAACGAUGUCGCCAUCAUUUCGUCCAGUGAAGCUGAUUAUAAUCACGCAGACGAUGAAGAGAGCGCUGAGGCUUCCGAUGGUGAGAUGGAUUGUCACUUUCACGCCGGCGUUGAGGGGGUCUGAGGGAUCUUCUGAAGCCAGUGCCACCUGCGAUGCUGCACCCUCUCGCGACUAUAACAUCGGCUUACGAAUUGGGAGCAUCUUCAUCAUUCUCGCGACGUCGAGUUUGGCAGUAUUCUUUCCCCUAUCUCUGCACAAACUUCCAUUCGGCAAAAUUAACUUCGUUCUCUUCACUAUCGUUAAGCAGUUCGGCACAGGUAUUAUCAUCUCGACAGCCUUUGUCCACCUUUACACUCAUGCCAAUCUUAUGUUUACCAAUGACUGUCUGGCUGGGAUCAAUUACGAAGCCACAACUUCUGCAGUCGUCAUGGCAGGUCUCUUCGUGGCUUUCCUUGUCGAGUAUGUUAGUCAUCGCUUCGUCCGCACUAGAAGCCCGAAAAGGACAGACGACGAGACCAACAUUAAUAACAGCGGUGGUAGCCAGGGAGGGUCGAUAAGUGGCACAGACAGUAAGCAGGUCCGACGAACCACAGCAGCCAGCACUACGCUACAGAACAUAUCUCACUCGCAUGCUCCGGCAGAUUUCGACCCUAACACAACGCUAGCAGUAUUGGUGAUGGAAGCAGGAAUACUCUUUCACAGCGUUCUGAUCGGCCUCACGCUUGUCGUUGCACCGGAUUCAAGUGGUAACACAUCUGGUUAUUACAAUACUCUUCUAGCAGUCAUCGUCUUCCACCAGUUCUUCGAGGGUCUAGCACUAGGCGCACGGAUCGCACUUCUUCAGAACCAGAACAUGCGAUGGGGAAUCCGGAGCAAGCUGUUGAUGGCCCUCGCAUUCGCGCUCAUUACACCGCUAGGCAUGGCGAUCGGCAUAGGUGUCUUGAACCAGUUUAAUGGCAAUGAUCAGAGCACAAUCUUGACGAUUGCGGUGCUUGACGCCUUGAGUGCGGGUGUGCUCCUUUGGGUAGGUGUGGUCGAUAUGUGGGCAAGAGAUUGGGCUUUCAGUGGUGGAGAAAUGGUCGAUGCCGGCGUUGGCAAGGUUUUUGUGGGGAUGUCGAGUUUGAUAGUAGGAAUGAUUUUGAUGAGUGUUCUGGGGAAAUGGGCAUAA